UCUGUUCGUUAGCUGGGUAUAUUUAGCUGAUUGCAUUAUCGGAUCAGAAUUAACCUGCAGACCUAAAGUACAGAGUGAAGUACACAUAGUGAACGCUAUUCUGGGCUAUUGUUAACUAGCACUCUAGUUAGCUAACUAGUUGAGCUAACGUGAACAGCGGCUUAGUUAUUUCUACAAAUUGUAAGUUGUCUGUGCGGAACGAAAACAAACGGUUUCUGACAUGUCUUCAGACGAAGACAGGGCCAAGGAAAUUUUGAAGGGCUUCAAACUAAACUGGAUGAAUCUUCGGGAUGCAGAGACCGGCAAAGUGCUGUGGCAAGGAACCGAGGAUCUCUCUGUACCAGGAGUAGAACAUGAAGCUCGUGUCCCAAAGAAGAUCCUGAAAUGCAAAGCUGUGUCCAGAGAACUGAAUUUUUCUUCCUCUGAGAAACUGGAGAAGUUCAGGUUGGAGCAGAAAGUUUUCUUCAAAGGACAGUGUCUAGAAGAAUGGUUCUUCGAGUUUGGUUUUGUUAUCCCCAACUCCACCAAUACAUGGCAGUCUCUGAUAGAAGCAGCUCCCGAGUCCCAGAUGAUGCCAGCCAAUGUUUUAACUGGUAAUGUGAUCAUAGAAACCAAGUUCUACGAUGAUGACCUCCAUGUCAGUACUUCCAGGGUACGACUUUUCUACGUCUGACCUCUGCCCCCUCACUCCACCUUCCAAAAUGCUGACAUCCUGCCAAGGUCUGUAAAUUACCAAGGUUAGCUACAACUUUCAGCAGUAAACAACUCAUUGCUGACUUGGGAUCAGCAACUUUGGUAAAAUCUAGCUGUGAUGCCACAGUGAAGUAAGCUUUGUUUUUGGUUAUUCUCUUGUUUUGUGUUGACUUGAAUACAUCUUCUAGACCUUGGGAGAAAAGGGAAGAGGAGGAGAGAGAACUCUGUCAUUUCCGGUUUUUCAGGAUCACCUCUCUUCUAUAUUUUCUCCCCCAGACUGUUCCACUGUAAAUACAUGGCCACUGAUCUCAAGUCAGCCAGGGAACCUCUCUGCAAAGACAUGAUUUUUCCUUUUUUUGUAAUCUGCCCUCUCACUCCAAGGUUGCAUUUACUCAGGAACAGGACAUCAGACUUGUAACCUUCUGCGAUUAGAUUCUCUCUUUUCUGUCUAAAACACUGCUCUCCAUGUGUCACUGUUUAAACACAGGCUGUCAGUGUGGAGGGAAAUGAUACAAUCAAGAGGUCUUCAUCAUGAUAUAAGAUUAGAUAAGAGCUUUUAUUGUCAUUGUAGGUGCUACAACAAAAUUUAGUAGGUAAACACAAUACAUAAUUAAAAAGGAAAUAUAAAACACUAGAUAACUCAGUGAUAGUGUCCUCUCACUGUGUCCCAUUCCAGAGGUUAUCUUCUGUGAAGUUCCAAUUUCCUGACAGUAUAUUAUCAUUGGUAAAUAAGCCUGUCACAUUCCAAAGGCCCAGAAAAAAAUGCAACCUCCUUUUGUUUACAUGGGAGUAACAAAAUCCUUACAACCUGCGUAGUCUUUCAAGUCCACAAAUCCCGAAAUGCUUUGCACUGGUUAGUUUUUGUCUACUUAUAAACUAGAAAAAUAGUUCUGUUCUCAGAGAAAUUGCAAUAAUACAGAUUUAUGUUGACAUAUUUACUUUUCUACACAAUAACUUAACUCUUAAAGUUCCUAUAUGCGUUGUUAACAGUGGUCUCUGUGAGGCUAAGUAUUGGAACUGUUAAUGUAUCCUGUCCUUUGAAAACCACAACUUUACAAGCAGCCUCUGAAGUAGGACACACAUUGUACCCACCAAACCUCUCUCGAUUUCUGUUACAUGAACUAGUGUAGAACAGUGGUGUCAGUGUAGUGCAACAGAGGGCCAAGUGUCUGUUUUUAUUCCAGUCCAGAACAAGAGCCACUAGUUUAACUGGUAUGUUUCUUGAAAUGAAAACCUGCGCACUGUUAUCAUGAUGACAUGUUUGAAACGCAUUGUGUUUGAGGGACAUUCAUCAGCACACAAAAUGGGGUUUUAUUGCAUUAAUUUAUGUGCUUGGACUUGACCUUCAGAGGUAAACUUACUUCAAAUAUUCAACUCAUCUGAUAUAGACUGAAACAUUCAUCCUUUUUUCUCAUUAGUUUACCUGUUUACAAUUUUAUCCCAGCUAGACCCAAUGGUUGACAGCUGCUUAAGGUCUUUACCACGGCUUUGAUCUGUACAUUCUGGCUAGAUUUUUAACUUUGACUUCCCAUCCAAUUCACUGUGUUCAUGUCGUUCAUUGUUUGUUUUUUUUAGCUGCUAACUGAGCUGUGUAAAAUAGACUUGUGUUUUAAUUUGACAAGAGUUGUGGAUUAAAGUCAUACAAUGUUGUAAUAACAUGA